GCUGAAGGCCCAGCUUCGGUAUUUCCGGUGACUGGGUGGAUUUCUGCAGCUUCUUCAUCCUCAGCGAGCAGCCGAGCUACUGUCUGCAACCAGCGUUUAUCAUCUGAGGACUAUCAUGGAAUAAACAUGGCCCACAAUAACAGAGGCUAUUUCUUUGAAGCUCUGGAUAGAUCAGACACCAGGCGAGAUGGAGGGUACAAGCACAACUGGAGCUUUUCUCUUUCUGGUGACAGUGAAGAGGAAAGGAGACAUGAUGCGAGCGUGGUGACCAUGGACGAGAUGGACAGGCAGCAGCCGACCUCCCCCGAGGAGAAAAAGACUCCAACUCUUAGGCACUUCACUUCCUCUGACCCCUUGAGAACGUAUGAAAACCGGCCAAAUAAUCACAUGAGGCCUCUGAACAAGCUGGCACCCAAAAGGCUCAGCGUGGACCCUCUCACAGUAGCAACGUCCUCCCCAAUGCCCAACAGAACCAACUAUUUCAUCAUCAAUCCAGCAACCUCACAAGGCAUCGUCCUACAGGGGCGACACUUUCAGCACACACACAUGCCCUCCACAAUAAGGAAACCUGUCCAAAGAAACGACUUCUCCACCACCCAGCCAACUGUGGAAGUGGAUAGCAUUGUACUCACCUGUCCAGAAAUCCCAGAAGAGGAAUCCCUGAACAUCAAACGGCGCGUCCAGCAGAAGAGGAAACCCUUGGAAGGCUGCUGUAGUUUUCCCACGCAGGUCAAAGCAGUAGAGCCUCUCCGGCCGAACGUCUACCAGGCGGUGUGCGUGAAGUGCAACAAGCUGAUCGACGACAGAGGCAAGUGUCAGAACUGUGGCGGCCCGGCGUUGCUGCCCUGUCAGCAGGCCACGCUCUCGUCCCCGACACCCCGACCCCCAAUCCGAUCGCAACCCUCCCCCGGACCAAACAGCCUGCCGCAGAACUUCUAUAAACCGGCCACGACCAUGAGGGCGCCCCGCGGGGAGACUCUGCCCAUACGCAUCACGAGCACUAAAGGAGCCAUGCUGCCUCUGAACGGCAGGUCUCCUCUGUUAGCCGGGACCUCGAGCUGCUGCGGCGCCAGGAACGCGCCCAAAGGGAAGAGGACGUCGGCCCAGCAGCUCGAGCUCAACGACCCCAUCGUCCUAUCCAGCGACGACGAGGACGAGGCCGACAACGCCAGCACGGGAAGCGUCAAUAGACUGGACAGCGUUUCCCCGCGGCCCGCUGACUCAGCGCACUCCUCGCCAGCGCCCUCUGGAGGCAGAGUGGAGGCGGCAGUGAAAAGCACCGGCGAGCAAGAGGAGCUGAACACGGAAUUCUUUGAAGACGUCAACAUGAAGAUCACGAUACCACGGAGAGCACGGAUGAAAGAUCAGUUUGGAAAUCAACCCCCAGUCGAGCAGUUUUCCCCCAGAACAAAGAAGCCCAAAAUCUCGUCCGAUAAGUGUGACAGUAUCAUACUGGAGUGUCGGAGCGUGAGAGUAGGAACUCUACGUAGGAUGGUGACCAAGCCCGUUGUUUUUUCCAUCGACCAAAUCCAGCUUGAGACUGAAGACUCGGUACGCGGCAUUUCGGAGAAGGUUUGCCUCCAGGCGUCGGAGCUAAUCAGCUGUGAGUGGUGCAGCGUCCGGAAACUGCCGGUGUUGUUCUUCCAGACGGCUCCAGAGGAGUGUGCCCGCCUGCGCACACAGCUCAACAUGUCCAACGAGAAGGGAGGACAGUGGUACAACUGCUCCGGAGAACAGUCGGAUGAAAAGUACAUUGUUCUGAUCUUCGAGAACGGCCUGGUGAUGAAGGAGCAGAUGAUCCUGGAGGACAUCCUGCGAGAGAUCGGCAGGACCAACAACAUCAGCAACUUUCCCGCCAAACUGCCCUUCGAAGAGGCCAACAUCCGACUGGUCAACUAUAACAAGCUGUCCAAGCAGAAGGAGGAGAAGGUGAAGCCAGUACAAACCCCUCCCAAAAUCUCCCAAGGUUCCCCAGUUGGCAAGGUCACUCAGGUUACCACGGUGAUGCCCGUACGCACACGAAUGUCCACUCGGCAGCAAACCAGCGCUUACUUUGAAGAGGAGGACGAGGACAUGACGGACCUCCAGCCCACCUUCUCUGGACCAAUCGUCAAAUUAAUGGUGUAUCCCCCUCCUCCAGCCAAAGGUGGCAUAUUAGUCACUAAUGAAGACCUCCACUGCCUUAAUGAUGGAGAAUUCCUAAAUGAUGUUAUCAUAGACUUUUAUUUAAAAUAUUUAGUUUUAGAGAAAUUGAAAAAAGAAGAUGCACAAAGGAUCCACGUCUUCAGCUCCUUCUUCUAUAAGAGACUGAACCAGAGGGAGCGGAGGAACGUUCCCGACACGACAAACCUGCCAAUCCAGAAAAGGAAGCACAACAGGGUAAAGACGUGGACUCGGCACGUCGAUCUGUUUCAGAAGGACUUCAUUUUUGUUCCCAUCAAUGAGUCAGCUCACUGGUACUUGGCAGUCAUCUGCUUCCCGGGCCUCGAGGGCGCGCUGUACGAGCAGAACCCGCUGUACCACGGCCCGUUUCCCGCCCCGACCCCGGCUGCCGAUCCUCCGUCAGAGGAGGAAAUCCCGGAUCACUGCCGUCCUCUGUCCCCAGAAAGAGACGGGCUGGAGAACUCCUCGGCGCACUCGUCCCCCAGCGUCCCAGAGGGGUCAGCAGAGGGUCAGACUGAAGGAGAACACAAGGAGAACUCUGCCGUCGCCGACAGGGGAUCCGAGGCCUCCAGUACUCCUGUGGCAUCGGGUAACGGCCAGGCCGACCCCGAACAGCAAUAUACAAGCGAGUUGCACCGAAUCAGUGUUUGUUACAGUUCAAGAAACGGAGAAGACGACACCUACACCUUCUCUGAUGACCAGAGCUCCUGUCAGGAUGAGUGCAGUGAGGACGGGACUCUGGCUGAUGACACUCUCACCUCGGACGCCUCUGGUUUGGUCUCUAAAUCGAACCUCUGCAAACAGCCUUGUAUUCUCAUCAUGGACUCCCUGCGUGGUCCGGCCAGAUCGACUGUGGUGAAAACUCUCAGAGAGUACCUGGAGGUGGAGUGGGAGGUGCGUAAAGGGACUCAGAGGAGUUUCGGGAAGGACGUGAUGAAGGGCUCCAGCCCACGUGUGCCUCAGCAGGAUAACUUCAGCGACUGUGGAGUUUACAUCCUGCAGUAUGUGGAGAGCUUUUUCGAGAAUCCGAUUCCCAGUUUUCAUCUGCCGGUGAACCUGUCGGAGUGGUUUCCUCAGCAAAGGAUGAAGACGAAGCGCGAGGAAAUCAAGGAGCUGAUCCUUAAGAUCCAAGUGCAACAAGAACUGGACAAGAAGGAGCCCGACCAUGUCGAGGCUCCGCCAGGCUCCUCUGAAGAGCCCGAGAUCGAAGAGACUUCUGGUUCGACAGGCGUGCUGCCAAACCUUCCCAUCAGCCCCUGAAACAAACCCACUCUCCUCCUUUUAUUCCUACUCAUCCUCGCCCCUUCACUCCCAAACCCAGCAAGGGUUGGAGUGGAAGGGGGCAGAACCUGAUCGUACGCUGCUGGUUUCACUUCAACAGUCCUUAACGCCUCUCUUCAUUAACCACACACAACAAACAAAACAAAAUUUGUAAUGAAUAAAACACAAACUGUAAAUACGCUGGAGUUUUUCUGCUGUCUUUGUAAUUUUUCCCUUUUAUGGCUCAUUUAUGACGUGGCCCAUUUAAGUUAUGUUUUCAGAGUUCUUCUUCUCUCCAGGAGGAUCUGUGCAGAAGUUACUUUUUUUCCACUCUUGCAUUAUUAUUUUAUAUGCUUUGAAGUUGUGUAGAAGAAGAAAGAAAUUAAAAAUAAUAAUAAAUAAGCUUUGAAGUUGUGUAGAAGAAGACAAAAAUAAUAGAAAUAAUGAAAUAAAAAAAUCAUAGAGAAAGUUGCCGUUAUUUGUUAAGUAAUCUGGAGAAACUUGUUUUCAGACAGUUUCAGUUCAUGAGUCACAUACGUAGUUCGGUGCUUGUUGUGUCUCUUCGAUGUGGAGUGGAUCAAUUUCUCAGCAUUAAAAGCAACCUUUUGAUGCAA